GGAUGAAAGAACCCGGAUUAAAUUGUUGACAGUCGUGGUAAAGGACUGAUGAAGUAAAUAUGGGGAAAAAAGUUAAUUUUAUGGGACACAUGAUCUGAUUUUAUAAGAAGCUGCCAGUUUAGGCUUACUAUUGAGUAUUUGCCAUGGUUAUUCCUGAUGCAGAGAGUCCGGGUCCUGUUAAAAAGAGACCAAGAUUGUCUUUAAAGGUCCAGAAGAAUGGUGAAAGCAAGGGUGACAUCAAGCCGGAGAAACAGGAAACUGCAUGUGGAGAGGAAGGAGAAGAAAUCUGGGAAGUAGGUAAAGAAGUGUGUUUGGAUGAUUCUGUUAAUGACUGCAGUUCCAGAUCUCUGGUUCCCGUAUCAGCUUCAUUAGAAAACUUAGGUAAUACAUGUUUCCUGAACAGUGUGCUGCAAGUGCUGAGAUUUACACCGGGAUUUUUGCCAGGAUUGGAAUUGUUGUAUCAGGAAAUUGUGCAAGUCGAAAAACUCAGAAAACAGGGUGUUCUCAACAAAGAGGAUGCUGGUGUUUUUGACCCAUUGGAAACCAAUAAAAGUAUACAUCUUGUCAAAGACCUCUACAGGCUGUAUAAGAAUAUGGAACAACGUGAAGAGAACCAUGAGGAGGUGGCUACCUCAGAUGUCAUGUCUAUGGCGGUCAAGCCACAGAAACUACUCAACAUCAUCAGGGAGCUGAACCCCAUGUUUGAGGGAUAUUUGCAGCAUGAUGCACAGGAACUACUCAGGUGUAUCCUCUCAUACCUACAAGACUCAGAAAAAGACCUCUUCAGCAUGAAGAAAAAUGUCUCCGAAAAGUUGCCAAAACAUGACGUACCCAAGAACUCCAUCAUGGAUCGUUUCUUGUCGAGAUGUACCAAGGUGAAACCAGAGAAUUGCCCCAAGAAUGUCUUUCACCAGCCAGAUAUCUUGGAUCAGAUUGAACAAAGUGAAGCUGCCAAAACCAGUGUUACUCAGCAUACAACACCAGUGGAGGCAGAUACUGCUUGUCAGGUGCAGAAAGAAGUGUUGAAAACUGAAAAUGUGUCAACCCCUAAACUUCGAACACGUACACCGAGGGGUAAAAAGACAAACAAAGAGCAGAAAUCAAUUCAAAGUACUGAAAAGACCAAUUCGAUCAGGAAACAAGGUACACCCAGGCCAGAGAAAACACUGGACGAACCAGAUGGCACAAUUACUUCUGUGACAAAGGAGCGGGACAACAGGAGAGAGAAAAUUGAAAAUGAUAGAGUCGAUGUGUUAGAUACAAGUGAUGAGAGUAUGGAAGUCUGUAGCAACAGAAAUGAAAACAAAAGUGUGCACGGCAAACUGAAUGGUGAGCUGGGCAAAAAUGAAAAGAAUGGCCUGCAACAGACGAUUCUCGGAAUGUUCCAGAAUCAAAGGACAUGUAAAAGAUUGGGCAUGAGUCGCACAGUGUUGAGGAACACCACGGUAAAGUCUGAUGUCACCUCUCAUGUAAAUGGAGAAAGUCGAGAAAAAUUCAAUCAAGGAAAAGUAAGUGAAGUGGUGAAGAGGAAACCUGUCCCAUGUGUUGGGAAAUCCAUGAGUGGAUCUCCUUCAAAGAGCCAAUCAUCUCCAAUACAACCAGUCGUGAAAUUAGAAAAGUGUGACAAGGUGUGCAAUAGUCCGCUGAGGUCAGUGAGUGCACAACUGGCCACUCAGAAGUUAUCACCAAGUAAAUCUGCCAUGUCACCAUCAAAAGAGGGUCCUAAAUUAGCCAAACAGAGACUCGAUUUUGUGGUCAUACCCAAAAAUAGAGUCAAGAAUAAUGUGAAUCUGAAAGUCACAAAGACAAACUUCAUUGAAGAUCUGUUUAUGGGGAAGAUGAUGCUGCGUACCAAAUGUUGUGAGUGUGAGAAUUGUCGGGAACGGAUUGAGGAUUUUCAUGACAUCAGUGUCCCUGUCCGCAGUGAGAAGACCGAGGAGAGCGAUGAUGAAGAAGAGCAGGAGGAAGAUAGUGACUCCUGUUUACGAAAGCUGAUGUUCGCAUUCACUGAAGUGGAACGACUUUGUGAUGACAAUAAGUAUUUCUGUGACACCUGUUUGAGUCACGUUGAGGCAGAACGAUCUCUCCAUUACCAAGUGUUACCCAAUAUACUGACACUGCACCUCAAGCGAUUCUCCACAAGCUCAGGGAUGUUUGGCUAUGUGUCCAAGAUAAAUGACCACGUGUCCAUUCCUCUGUCCCUGCCCUGUCUGAGGUACAAAUGUCCCAGCCCUUGUAGCCGACCUGACCAUAGGUAUCUGUUGUAUGCAAUCAUUACACAUGCUGGUGUGACCUUGACCUCGGGACACUACCUCUCAUACGUUCAUGUGCCAACUGAACAGAACAUGACUGACGGUUUCUCUGGUCACUUCCUGUCCACCACCAGUCAGCAGUACCCGGGACACUGGCUCGAGUGUGAUGACGAGACAACGCGGGUAUAUGAUGAGGAGAAAUUUAGUCGCAUGUUAAAGGGGGAGGACCGGUCUCUGAUGGGGACGCCAUAUGUUCUGUUUUACUACCGCAAUACACCCGUUUCCACGUGGACCCCAAGAUAAUGACAUUUAUUUAUAGGUGAACUGAUUGAUGAACUUUUAAUUAAAUUGAUAUAUGAUUUGUUUUGAUUUCUCUCGUAGUUGUACAACAGCAAUAAACUCAUGAAAUGAGAAA